AUGGUGCAAAUUAAUGCCAUCAUUGUCCCCGAUACAUACAAAAAAUUAAGACAACCUUUUUACAAUCCCAUUAAGGUCGUAACAGAAUAUCAAAGAGCUGUAAUAUUUCGAUUGGGCAGAAUUGUUUCUGGACGCGCUAAAGGACCAGGUCUGUUCUUUGUGUUUCCAUGUGUGGAUGAAAUUAAGAUUGUGGAUUUAAGAACAGUUUCAUUUGAUGUUCCACCACAGGAGAUUCUAACCAGAGAUUCAGUAACUGUAGCAGUAGAUGCUGUGGUUUAUUACAGAGUAGCCAAUCCUACCAUUUCUAUAACCAACAUUGAGGAUGCUAGUAUUUCGACAAGACUUCUUGCAGCAUCCACUCUAAGAAAUGUUUUAGGAACAAAGAAUUUAGCAGAGAUUCUAUCAGAAAGAGAGUCCAUAAGUCAUAUGAUGCUUGUAGGUAGCUCGUUAGUACAAAGUAGAUUUUCUAUUUAUUUCAGUAAGGAUGUAAGAUUGCCUCAUCAGUUACAGAGAGCUAUGGCUGCUGAAGCAGAGGCUGCCAGAGAGGCCCGAGCUAAGAUCAUUGCUGCUGAGGGAGAACAAAAAGCAUCCAAAGCUUUAAAAGAAGCUGCAGACAUCAUGGUGGACUCACCAGCUGCUUUACAAUUGAGAUACCUCCAAACCCUCAACACCAUCUCUGCUGAAAAAAACUCUACCAUUAUCUUCCCUUUACCAAUAGAUUUACUCAGUGGAUUAAUGCAUUAA